GAGGCAGUGGGUGUAGCUUGCUCCGGGAUUGUGGGUGGAGAGCGCACUGUUUGCCUAUAAGGAGCUGUCCACCAUCUCGGUGCUGAAUCUCUAUUCAGCUCUGUAGGCUGCAUUCCUCUCCAGUUCGCCUGGCCGUUGGAUGUGUCUCUUUAAGGAGUGUGUGCAGGGAAUGUCUGCAGCUGAGCCUGGGGUGACUGGAUGCUGCUGAGCGCCACAGGAUUGUCUGAACGCAACACAGAGAUCUGGUAUAAUUCACACACAAACUGUGUCACUUGGAGCGAAAAACAUGGAUUCAGAAGCAAAACUGUUUUGUGCUUUUCUAUAUGUCUUCUCUGCUACAUGGCAUCUUGGAUCAACAGCUGUAAAUUAUAAUUGCGACGAUCCACUGGUAUCCACGCUCCCAGUGUCGGCAUUUGACAGCUCCUCAGAACUUUACACUGGUUCCAGCCACAGCAAUGCGAAGCUUAACAGUCAACACGGAGCUGGUGGCUGGACCCCACUGGAGUCUGACACAAACCAGUGGUUACAGAUUGACCUAAAAGAAAGAUUUGAUAUCACAGGGGCAGCCACACAAGGCAGAUACGGAAGCUCAGACUGGGUAACACGUUUUAGCGUUAUGUUCAGCGAUACAGGACGUAACUGGAGACCGUAUCACCAUGACAACACCAUCUGGGUGUUUUCAGGAAAUACAAAUGCAGAUCGUGUGGUGAACCACAAGUUCCAGCAUUCCAUAAAAGCCAGAUUCCUACGAUUUGUUCCAAUGGAGUGGAAUCCAACUGGGAGGAUUGGAAUGAGAAUUGAAGUCUUUGGCUGUGCAUAUAAAUCUGAUGUAGCUGACUUUGAUGGCAGAAGCUCCCUCCUCUACAGGUUCAAUCAGAAACUGAUGACCACAUUUAAAGAUGUAAUUUCCCUGAAGUUCAAGAGCAUGCAGAGUGAUGGAGUAUUAUUUCACGGGGAAGGCCAGCGAGGGGACUAUAUCACUCUAGAGUUACAGAAAGGAAGAUUAUCUCUCUACAUAAACCUAGGGGAUGCCAAGCUUCGUUUUGGUAACACUCACACUGUGGUCACUUUGGGAAGCCUUCUGGAUGACCAGCACUGGCAUUCUGUUCUGAUAGAUCGGUUCAAUAAACAAGUCAACUUCACAGUUGAUAAAUACACCCAGCAUUUCCGCACCAAGGGAGAUUCAGAUGACUUAGACAUAGACUAUGAGUUCAGCUUUGGAGGGAUUCCAGUACCGGGAAAACCCGGAACAUUUCUGAAGAGAAAUUUUCAUGGCUGCAUCGAGAACCUAUAUUACAAUGGAGUAAAUAUUAUUGAUUUGGCCAAGAGACGCAAACCUCAGAUCUACAUUGUGGGGAAUAUAACAUUUUCCUGCUCAGAACCCCACAUUGUUCCUGUUACCUUUAUCAGCUCUAGCACAAGCUACCUGUUAUUGCCGGGCACCAUGAAAAUGGAUGAACUCUCUGUUAGCUUCCAGUUCCGAACAUGGAACAGUGAUGGGCUUCUGUUGUCCUCUAAACUUUCUGGAGAUUCCGGUGUCCUCCUACUCCAGUUAUUUUCUGGGAAAUUGCUUCUGAUGAUUCAAAAGGAGAUUGCAAACAUACUGCCAAUAAGCACAGGCAGUGGUUUAAAUGACGGAUUAUGGCACACAGUUACUAUAAACGCAAGAAGACUUCGCAUGACGCUAACAUUGGACAAUGGGGCUGUUUCACCAGUUCAUGUCACGCUCCCAGUACAGAUUUCCACUGGGCACCAGUACUACUUUGGAGGCUGUCCAGAUCACCUUGCAGAUUCCUUUUGUAUAAAUCCAAUUUCUUCGUUCCAAGGAUGCAUGAGGCUCAUAUUUAUUGAUAAUCAGCCUAAGGACCUCAUUUUAGUUCAACGGGGCACCCUGGGGAAUUUCAGUGAUUUGCAGAUCGAUAUGUGUGGCAUUAAAGACAGAUGCCUGCCAAAUUACUGCGAGCAUGGAGGAGAGUGUUCCCAGACUUGGAGAACAUUUCACUGUGACUGUGAGGACACGGGCUAUGCUGACGCCACGUGCCAUAGCUCUUUGUUUGAGCAGUCGUGUGAGGCCUACAGACACAAGGGGUACCCCUCUGAUUUCUACUACAUUGAUUCUGAUGGAAGCGGACCACUUGCGCCUGUGCGUGUUUACUGCAAUGUAGCCGAUGAGAAAAUCUGGACCAUUGUUCAGCAUAACAUCACAGAGCUAACUUCUGUGCAUGGAUCAUUUUCUGGGAGACCAUACUCCACGUCAUUAAACUACAGUGCCAGUCCUGAACAAAUGGAAGCCCUGAUCAACAACGCUGAGUACUGUGAACAAGAGGUGACUUAUCAUUGUAGACAUUCCCGGCUUCUGAAUUCUCCUAAUGGAGCUCCAUACACAUGGUGGUUCGGGAGAGGCAAUGAGAGACACACGUAUUGGGGUGGAUCGCUGCCAGGACAGUGUGCCUGUGGUUUAGAGGAAAACUGCAUUGACAUGAGGCACUACUGCAACUGUGACGCUGACAAAUUUGAGUGGACAAAUGACACUGGAUUCCUGACCUUUAAAGAUCACUUACCAGUCUCUCAGAUUAUGAUUACUGACACAAACAGGCCAGGCUCAGAAGUGGCCUGGAAAGUGGGUCCAUUACGUUGCUAUGGUGACAGAAGCUUUUGGAAUUCUGCUUCUUUCUCCACAAUGGCUUCCUACUUGUACUUCCCAACCUUCCACUCCGAGUUCAGCACCGACAUAUCAUUCUUCUUCAAAACCACCACCUCAUCCGGCAUCUUUCUGGAACACAUCGGGUUGAGGGACGUGAUAAGAAUCGAGUUAGUGUCUCCCUACCAGGUCACAUUUUCAUUUGAUGUGGGAAGUGGUCCCAUGGAGGUUUCUCUUCAAUCAGUCAAGGCUUUGAAUGAUGGCCAGUGGCAUCGUGUUAGGGCUGAGAGGAAUAUUAAAGAAACCAGUCUUGUGGUAGAUAGCCAGCCAAGAAAACUUGUGCAGAGUCCAUCAGAUGCACGAGUCCGGGUCCAGGUGAACACUCAGUUAUAUGUGGGGGGGACCGCAUCCAAGCAAAAAGGGUUUGUGGGAUGUAUCCGCUUCCUCCAGCUAAAUGGACAAACCAUGGAUCUGGAAGAAAAGGCUAGAGUAACUCCGGGAAUCAGGCCGGGCUGUCCGGGCCACUGCACCAGUUAUGGCAAUUUAUGUCAAAACAAUGGAAAAUGUGUGGAAAAACGCAAUGGAUUUACGUGUGACUGCACAAAUUCUGCCUUUGAGGGUCCAUAUUGUAAGAAAGAAGUUUCUGCCAUGUUUGAAGCUGGAACCUCCGUCACCUAUGUUUUCCAGGAGCCGUAUCCCGUGUCCAGGAACGCAAGUUCAUCUGCGUCAGCAAUAUACGCAGACACAGUGAUAUCUAGGGAGAAUAUUGCAUUCAGCUUUCUGACGGGACAAACUCCAAGCCUUUUACUCUAUUUGAAUUCAUUCUAUCAGGAUUACCUGGCUGUGCUUCUCUGCAGAAACGGUAGUUUACAAGUAAUAUAUAAACUUGGCAAAGAAAUAAAGUAUGUUUUUACAAUCGACUCAGAGAGACUGGACAACCGAAGAAUACAUCAUGUGAAGAUACGUAGGGAAGGAAAAGAGAUAACCAUCCAGAUUGACAAGAUAAUUAAACAACAACAUAAUUUUUCAUCAGAACUCUAUCUGAAAGCAAUCAAAUCAUUGACUUUGGGGAAGAUUAUAGAUAACCCAGGGCUUGAUCCAGAGAUCUCUAGAGCAAAUUCAUUUGGAUUUGUUGGAUGUCUAUCUUCUGUCCAGUAUAACCAGGUGGCACCCCUUAAGGCAGCACUCCGACACCCUAGUAUAGCUCCAGUUAGAACCAUUGGAUCACUGUCUGAAAACAGCUGUGGAUCCAUCACAGAAAGUGACCUCAGUACAAUCACCACAACCUACUCCUCCUCAGAUCCCUUCGAGAAGACGGAUGACCGGGAGCCUUUGACAAAUGAAAUGAGAAGUGGUCCCGUUGUCAUUGGAGGUGUUAUAGCGGUAACGAUAUUUAUUAUUUUUUGCAUUGUUGCAAUAAUGACAAAAAUUCUUUACCGACACAAAAAGACACAUGGGAAAAACCAGUCCAAGGAAAAAGAGUAUCCAGUAAACACGGCCUAUUCCUUCAGGAAUGAAAUGGAUUUACAGAACACAGUUAGCGAGUGUAAAAAGGAAUAUUUUAUUUGAAAGACUUUAUUUCUAUACCAUUCUUCUUUUCCUCUCUCUUUUUAGCUUAUUCUUUACAGCAAUUUCCUCUGGAAAGAAAUAACCAAGCACUGACGUGCUGGCAAACAUCUCAUUGCCUCCUUCUUGUCAAAGGAUUGCCAGCUAUUUCUGCAGUUUAAGCAGCCUACCCUCCGUCUUGGACAGAAUUGGAUCCACCCACACGCAUGGUUUCAGAAGCAGUUUUCAUGGUCUUAUUUCUAUCAUUUUUGUAAAUGAGUGCCACACAGUGAUCAAGUCUUUAACUGCUUUUACAACCCACAACAACUUGGGAUUCAACAACGUGUCAGACCCUUUAUAAAUUCUGUUGCUGUUUGGCUUGUGAGAAUGACUUCAAUAAGAUGAAAUUAUAUCCAUGAUAGAUUAUUCAUUUUUAUGGCACUAAGUGAAUUUUUUUCAGAUGAUGUUUUCAUCUGUAAAUAGCAAUGGAACGAAAAGCCAUUACAGGUAUAUUGCAUAUUUAGAGAUGCUUUUUUUCACUGCUAAACCAAGUACAUAUACAAUAUUUAGCAAGUGUAAGGUGUUUAGGCCAAACUAGAUUUUAUAGUUAAUAAUAUGUUUGAUAUCCCAAAUAUUGUCCUCAGUUGGUUUUAUUUUUAUGUUAUUAUUAGUUCUAAUUUAGAAAAAUUAGAUUUUACAUCAGGGGAAGGCAUACAGAAAAAUUAAAGGGAUAAAGAAAAGGAGUUGGCAGUGGGGCAGACAUCAUUGACCUUAAUUUUAGGCAGCCUGGUCAUUAUGGAAAAAGGGUCUGUUUUUAUAUUCAACCUUUUUCACCUUUGUUGGAAAAUAGGAGAGCUUGCAUUAGAUAAAAUUAUAUAGUGGAAGCAUCACUUCCUGUUUAGGUGGUUAGCAAUGCACUCCUAGGGCAGAUCUUUCCAUGAUAACUAACAUUGUUCACAGGAGGGAGUGCAGCAGGGAGAAUAAGUUAGUGAGUCCUUACUGUAUAACUUGUUACCAUACAUAGUAAUGUUGCAGCUACAGUAACUUUGGACAGACUGGAAAAGGAACCCUGGCUCUUCCAUGAUAAGGUCAGGGUCAUUUCAUGAUGGGGUUUUGUAAAACCCCUGUUGCAUUUCAAGCACUUAUGAAGCACUAACCAUCCUUUACCUUCUACUCCUCCCAUCAAAGUACCCAUUCAUUGCACCUUUGGCAGGGUGGGGUAUAGCUCAUAGUUUUUCAUGGUAAAAAUUGAUUUCUCAAAUCCAACUUGGGGCAGUGAUGUACGUUAUGUUGCGACUCACUGCACUGCAAAUACAGACACCACAGCUCAUAGUGCUUAUAUUCCUCCUUGCAGUGACCGGCACAAGGAUUGGAGAAGAACAGCACUACAAUGACAUUGGUGUAUCUAGAUGGACAUUUUUUUUGUGUACCACAUAUGAAACAAUUUUUAAAUUCUUCUCCACUUGCUGUAAAUUGAAUCCUAAAAGAGAGAAAAAAAGAGUUGCUCAAAAAUACCUGUAUAAUAUGUCAGGUGCAUUGUUGAAGAUGAUGAAUGCCUAAAUCUUUAUACUCCUGAAGGUGUGAAGUAAAAUGCAUAUAGACUAUUUAAAACAUGAAAUAAAAUGUCCUUCUAGA